GGGCGGGGCCAGGACCGGAAGGAUUCUGGGGGUCACUGUAAGAGCUAUUGGAGGCCAUGUCUGUAGGCGCCACCCUCAUGCGGGUGAACGUCCUCUUUCGCCGACACCUUUGGACAUUUCUGGACCCCCCCAGCCGCACCAUCCAUGCCUCUUGCGCUUUGUUUGCUGGACACAACAAGUGGUCCAAAGUCAAACACAUCAAGGGACCCAAGGAUAUGGCUCGGAGCCGCCUCUUUCAAAAGCUCAGUAUGAUGAUCCGACUGGCUGUAAAAGAAGGAGGUCCCAAUCCGGAGCUGAACACUAAUUUAGCCAAUAUUAUUGAACAGUGUCGCAGCAAGAGCAUGCCAAAAACCUCCAUCGAAGGAGCUAUUUCUAGUGGGGACAAAUCUAAAUCCACUUUCCAGUUCUUCGAAGCGCGCGGCCCCGGUGGCUCCUCCCUACUCAUUGAAAUACUGACGGACAACACAAAGAGGACCUCCCAGGAAAUUCGACGUAUUCUGAACAAAUACAGGGGACUCCUUGCUGAGGGAGUGCGGCAUAACUUUGAGAAGAAGGGCAUUAUCGUAGUGGGCACCAAGGACCAGGCUGGCAAUCCCAUCAGCUCGGAGCAGGCACUUGAGUUGGCUAUUGAAGCUGGCGCUGAAGAUGUCCAAGAAGAGGAAGAUGAGGAUGAGAAGAUGACGCUGAAGUUCAUCUGCUCUGUGCCUACCCUGAGGCAAGUCCGUGAAAAGCUGGACACACUGGGUCUCUGCUCGCAUUCGGUCAGCCUGGAGUUCAUCCCGACUGUUAUCGCCCAGCUGUCAGAUGAGGAGAUGGAUCAGGCAUCGCAGCUGCUAGAGGCACUUCGAGAUUGUGAGGACGUCGUAAGAGUCUAUGACAACAUUGCCUAAAAAUCACAGCCUUUCUCAAGAGUACCUCUCUGUGAGCUGCCAAGACCUUACAAACUGAGUGUUUUUGAGCCUUCACGGACAUCAGAUGAGGGGUGCCUCUUUACCUGUCAAGAUGGACAACUAGGGGCUACGGUUGUGGGCUGCCCUCACCAGUCCCAUUCCUCCCAUAAAGGCAGGCCCACCAAAGGUAACGGAUUGCAUCAAGGAAGUGUGAACGGUGGUGGAAUGUCAGGCGCAGGCCAGCAAUGGCUUGGGCUGAAGGUCCUGUUCUCUGCACUGCUUCUGCCAGGCAGUGCUGCCAGAGAGACCUACAACCAUCUCUGGCUGGGGAUUGCUGUGUUCCCUGCUGGAGCACAGCAGUUGCAGCCACCCCGGUAGCUUUUCAGUCUUGCUGUGAGCCUAGCGCUGGUCCAGGAAUGGCAAUGAAUUGUGGGUAUUCCUGAGUCAGAGAAUGGUGUCGUUGUUGAAUUGCUUCCUGUGUUACCUAAACCCAGAUGUUUCCUUCAGAUGUUACUUUGGGGUGUGAUGGACUGGUAAUCCUGCAAAAUAAAUGCUUUUGAUAA